GAAAGCGAGACUGGAUGAGACACUGGAAGUAACUCCACAAUGAAAGCGUCGUAUUUUUUUAUAGUUUUAUUGCUGUUUUCUGAUAUAGCAUUUACGUCAGGUUUUAUGGAAGUUUUGGUAGGCAUUGCUUCUCAUGUCUACACAUUGUUUAAAGGGGAUCAAUUAUUGACUUUCGAUCCAAAACGUUUGAGGAAAGAUUUACAUGAGAAUCUCUAUGGGCAGCACAUCGUGUCAGAGGUGGUACUGAAAUCUGUGUCAGCAUUUUUGACGGACAGUAACCCGAACAAACCCCUGGUCCUGUCUUUUCACGGGCCCACGGGAGUGGGAAAAAACCAUGUCGCUAAAAUCAUCGCGAGCAACAUUUACGAGAAAGGAGACCAGAGCAAACAUUUUAUCACAUUUAUUUCUGAGCAUCAUUUCCCGCACAAAGACAAGGUCGACAUAUACAGUGCACAACUAAAGCAGUGGAUUCAUGGAAAUGUAUCAAGCUUUCCUCGGUCCGUGUUUGUAUUUGAUGAAAUGGACAAGAUGAAUCCGCGGUUGGUCGAAACCAUAAAACCCUUUCUGGACUAUAUGCCACUUGUAGAUGGAGUGUCAUACCGCAAAGCCCUCUUCAUUUUUCUGAGCAAUGCAGGUGGGAAUGUGAUUGCCAAAAUGGCUCUGGAUUUCUGGAAAGAAGGUAAAGACAGAGAAGAACUUCAGAUAAACAGCAAGGGAAUGGAGACUGAAAUCCUUCAACAUGUCUUUAAUGAUAAGAGCAGUGGAUUUUGGCGCUCUCAUCUAUUAGAUCAUCACCUGGUGGAUCACUUUAUUCCUUUCCUACCUCUGGAACUGAGACAUGUACGUCAAUGUGUUCUGGCUGAAAUGGCCAAUUUGAACAUGACUGUGGAUCGUUACCCUGAACUUGCAGACACAGUUGCCAGAGAUAUGCCAUAUUUCCCAUCAGAGGAGAAAAUAUUUUCUGUUAAAGGCUGCAAGUCAGUCAGACAGAAGUUAAUGCUGUACACCGAUCUUUAGAUGAAAGAGACUUGUUUACCUUUGCUUACAUACCGGUGCCAGCCAAUACGAGAGGCUGUUAUAGAUCAUUUUAUUCCUUAGAGUUACUGAUAUUGUGUCUGGUUAUAUUUAAUUGAUUUUGCUAUGAUAAUCUCCUGCUAGAUAUUUCAGGUAUUGUUAUUGGAGCACUUCUUUUCUCUGUGUUAUAAGAUGCAUUGCCAGAGGCAACAUAGAGGCAUAGGUAGGCGGCUGCUUUGGGCCCCCUAUCAGCGGUCAUAUUAGGGGGGCCCCAAUUAAACCUAAUAAAUAAAACCCUAAUCAUCAUAAACACUACAAAAGCAUUAUAAAUUGUAUUAAUAUUCUUAAGAAAUACGCUGAAACUUUUUUUUUUAAUUUCACAAUAAAAAGGACUAGUCUGUAACGGUGCGCGCUGCGCCCCGCAAAAGAUAAACAGAGAGUGACAGGAGGAUUGGGAAAGUACACGAACCGAGACGAAUCAAGACAAAUAAACGUAAAAUGGGGCUUUGGUGAGUCAACCGCCUAGUUCUGCUAGUAAUCGCCUUAGCCCUACACUGAUAAAAAUGAUUUUGUGGUGAAGUAAAUAACGUUAUUACAGAAAAAAAUAAUUGACACCUUAUGUUAUGUUGGGGAUGUUUUUGUCCACUAUGGGUUGCUGUUGAGUCUUAAUUUGGCCACAUAUUUCUCUAUGUUUCAGCAAAUGGAAUAGUUUUUGUUGACAAAACUUAUUUUGACACAUAUUUUGGGAAAAUGCUUUAAACAUUUUUCAAAAAGUCAACAAUACAAUACACUGUGGGCAAAUUCACAACCCUUUCAUUAUGUUUGUGAAGAAAACAUAUACUAAAUUAAUUUGCUGGUAAAAUCAGAUAAAUAUUUGGUUUAAAUUUUUUGCAUAAAUCUGUUAAUCAACCUCAGUCCUGAUCAAAACUGCUAAAUGCUUAAUAAAAAACCCAGGAUUUUUACUUUUUAAUUGCCAGUGAACUCGCUGAUUUGGGAAAACACAGAUUUUUUUACCUUUUAUCACAGUCUUGGGUAUGUGAAAAAUUUGUAACAACAUUGGCUUUGAUGCAUUGUUAGUUUUUGUGCAGCAUUAGAUUUUUUUCUCCAUAAUUUAAUGUUCGUGGCUGUUUUUGCCCUUAUGACUUAUUCUCUAUUGGUUUGUGUAAUGCUACACUUUGUGUGUUCUCUGCUUUCCAUCUUCAUUUUGGAAGUGUUUUUUUUUGAAAAUGUUUUCGUUCUCUUUUAAAGAUCGGAUAGGAGGGCCCCCUACAUACAUUCGCCUUGGGCCCCCAAUUUGUUAAAUCUGCCACUGUGCAUUGCAUGAGAGUAAUUUUUCUUAGAUUUUUAUCCUUAUUUGUGUGUGAGUUUGUUGUGAUUUAAAACUUGACUCAUGUGUGAAAGAAAUAUUAAAGAAAAUAUUUUUAUUUGCCUCA